GACAGACCGUCCAUUCCCGGACAGGGUUGGGUUCCAGUUUCACGUUCCGGGCAGCGGCUCGCACAGACAGGAACAUCUACACAGCAUAGCAUCAGAGCCAAGAACGGCGCGCUACAAGAUAUCGUUAGACUGGGCGCAUUCAAUAUGGAUUUCACCGACAACGAAGGCAUCCCCUGCGUAACCUGUCAGCAAGGGUCAUAAAUUGCACAGAAAACCAGCGCAUACAUAGAGAAAUGAAGCUUGUGUCAAACAGAGCAGCUUGGAUGGCUCGGGGCCCGUCGUCUGGCCCGUGUAGAGACUGGAGCAGAUCAAGUCGCAGGCUCGCGACCUCGCUCAGGGACUCACAGAAGACACGAGAAACUGGAUAGCAGGGAAUAAGAGCGCACUCCCGCGCGUAGAGACGACCACGCACAUGCCAAUGAGAACGAAUCCGACACAGAGAUUGAUCAGCGUCGGAUGCCUGCGAACACGCUUCGAAAGUAGAAC